AUGCAACUUUUGAGUGGGAAGAAGGCCUUAGAUCAUACAAUUCCAGAUGAAAGGUCUCUCUUGGUUACAUGGUUCCGCAGAUUCCUUAUUAAGAAGGAAUACAUUCCAAAGGCUAUUGACGAAACUCUUAAGAACCAUGGUGAGGAGACAAUGGAGUGUAUAUGCAAAGUCGCUGAGCUAGCAGGACAUUGCACUGCUCAUAAUCCAUUCCAAAGACCAGAGAUGAGCUAUGUGGUCAACAUCCUGGCUCCUCUGGUUAGGAAUUGGAAGCCUACCAGUCAUGAAGAAGAAGAAAAGUAUGGCAUUGAUCGGCACAUGAGCCUUCCUCAAGGACUGGAAUGGCAAGCCAAUGAAGAUGCUUCUGAUGUUGAAGUCUCUUGGCUUACCAGUCUUCCCAGAAGUUUAAGUUAG